UCUUAUAAUUAUUUCUUUUAUAAAUGGAUUAAAGUGAUUUUCAAAAAGACUUGAUUGAAUCAGAGGAAGCUUUUAUAGAAUAAUUCGAUAGAAAUUCAGCUAAUUUCCAUCAUGGAAAUCCAACAGUUGUUCCAAUAGGAGGUUAAAGAAUUCCUGAUUCAAUGCCAACAAUGUACCCAGAAUAAGUAUAAGAGAAUGAAUCAUAAAAUGUAAGGAUUUACAAAAUUAUUUCAAUCCGCAGGAGUAAGAUUUUGGACCAGAAUACAAAUAGUUAAUGUAAUAUAAGGAGGUCUUGGAUUUAUUAAAAAAGGUAAGUAAUUAUUUUAUAUAAUAAGUCAUUGAAUAAAAUAUCAGCUCAUCAUGAAGCUCUUUUGCGUAAUUAAGAAAGUCUAAAAAAAUCAGAAAAUUAGGUUCAAAUUUAAAAAUUCUAAGGUUUGAUUGAUAAUGAAAGAUCUAAUUUAAAAAAUACAAUUUAAUAAUUAGAAGGAUACUCAAAAUUUGUCUUAUAAUAAGCACGGUAUAAUUAAAAUUACCUUUAGAUUCUAAAAUAGAUAUAAUGAUCUGUUAUAAAUUCUAUCUUUAGCAAUGAAGACAUAUAAUACUAAAGAAGAACUAUUUGAAUUUGGUACAUUAAUAAAAAAUAUGACAUCAUUAAUAUUUAAAGAUAAUUAGAAAUUAACAGAGGACAUUAAAUAGAUUAAAAAAUAAAAAAAGUGA